GCUCCGGCCCCGCCCGCUUCUGCUCCGCGCGGUGAUUCACUCCCUCCUUCGCCCCGGGGCCCCCUUCCCGGCCAGACGGCGGGGAAGACGGUUGGGUGUGCAGCGUCCUCGAACCCGCAAGCAAGCGAGCAGCUCCUCGGCGCCCUUCGGGACUCAGGUCCACGCCAUGGCGGAUUCCGAGCGCCUCUCGGCCCCGGGCUGCUGGGCCGCCUGCACCAACUUCUCGCGCACCCGAAAGGGAUUUGUCCUGUUGGCUGAGAUUGUAGUGUGCCUGGUGAUUCUGAUCUGCUUCAGUGCCGCGACGUCAGGAUUCUCUUUCCUGUCGGUGAUAGAGAUGAUCUUUGCUGCUGUCUUCUUUGUCAUCUACAUGUGUGACCUGCACACCAAGAUACAAAUCAUCAACUGGCCUUGGAGUGAUUUCUUCCGAACCCUCAUAGCAGCCAUCCUCUACCUGAUCACCUCCAUCCUUGUGCUCGUGGAGGGAGGACACAGCUCCAAAAUUGCCGCAGGGGUACUGGGCCUACUGGCUGCAUGCUUGUUUGGCUACGAUGCCUACAUUACUUUCCCCUUGAGGCAGCAAAGACAUACAGCAGCCCCUACUGACCCUGCAGAUGGCCCCGUGUAGGUGAACUCCCUUCGCGUGUCUCAGCAACCUGCAAAUAACACCUCCAUCGCAAUAACUCCUUCCCGCCCCUACUGAAAGUGCCUUUACCGGGAGACCAUGCCUUCCAGCCUGCCAAUCAACCCUCCUGGGCGUGGCCACCCUUAUGGGUCCGCCUAGGUCCACCUUCCUUCUGCAGUAUCCAGAGACGCUAGUUCUGCCUGGACAAUGCCCCCACCUAAAGCCACAGAUUUCAGACUCCAGGCCCCAGGUUGUGACCCUCUCCAAAUAACCUUUUCUGUGUGUGUUGGGUGGGAGGGGUUCCAUGGAGGAAUAAAUACAUAAUAACCAGAUUGUUAGAACAUAUGAGAAUGAAUAAAUUAAGCCUUUGAUCAAACGUA